UCCCACGGAACUGUUUCCUGAACGUGAGUGUGAUGUUGAAGUGAACCCACGCUGGUCUCGACAUAGACGUGAACUCCGGGUGAAGCCGGUGUGUGGACGUGUGUGUGUGUGUGUGUGUGUGUGCGCGCGCGCGCGCGCGCUGCUGUCCGUGAGCCGAUCGUCAUGAUGCUGGAGAGGAGCAGGGUGACGGUGGUGGCGGAGAUCUUUUUCAGCAGGAGACUCUCAUCUGAGACGGAGGAGGAGAGAAUUCACUGUCGCUGCUCCAAAGCCUUCGUGCAGGAUCGGGAGCUGUAUCGCUCUGAUAACAGACUGCUCCCAUUUGAUCUGGCAGACACUAGAGUCCAAGAAGCAGAUGAUGAAGAAGAGGAGGAGGCAGAAGAUGAUGAAGAGGAGGAGAAGGAGGUGUUGAAUGAAGAGGCUCAGCUGAUGGCCAGCAUGGGUCUGCCGGUGGCUUUUGUCAGCUCCUCUGGCCAGAGGAGAGGGGGGAGGAAGUUGAACAGGAAGCCUGACGCAUACCGGUCAGAAUCAGCUGGAGAGGAGGAAGAAGAUCUACAGGUUGACAACAAAGUUGAUGUGAAGGAAGUGUGUGAUCCACUGGAGGAAGGAGCAGGAGGGAGCCAAGCUGCUGGCUGGGAGACCUACUGGGCUCAGCAGGGAGAAGCUCUGCUGUGGAGCAGCUGGCUGGAGAAACAUCCAGAGACUGAUCCAGGAACAGUGACUGCUUCAUGGGACGACCCGGACACAAAGGCUAUCUGGGACAAACAUGCCGCAGAGACCUACUACACCUACUGGGAGCAGUACUCGUACUGGUCGGCACAGGGCUGGACCGCUGACCAGUCAGUCUGUAAUGGGAACACUGGUGGAGAAGAAGCAGCAGCAGGGGGUCGGGUGGGCGGAGACAAAGAGACGCACCCAGAUAUCCGAAGGGAUGGACAGACAGAGGCUAAGAGCCACCAGAGAGACGAAGAAGGAGUGAAGGCUCUUUGUGACGACGUCAAGGAUUUGAAUGAUCUGCUUGGACAGAAGUGCACAUUGGAAGCAGGUGGGAGAUCUGUGAGUGACUCAGAGACGGACGGACGGCUUGUGAGCGCGGCCGAGAGAGAGCUCUGUGGCUCUGAUCAUCCCUCUGAUGGGGGGAGCGAUCGCAAGAGACCUGCAGCCUCCUCACAGCAGAACACCGCUGAACAUACAGAUUCCCAGCAGGCAUCUGGCAGCCCUGACAGACGGUGUGGCUCACAGGACAAGAUGCCAAGUAGAGAAAAUGAUGACGAUGAUGACAAACCCCCUGGAGGAGGACGUCCCAAAGUCAAACGCAGUCAUGAGCUGGACGUGGAGGAGAACCCACAUCUGACCCCUGAGGAAGCUUGGAGUAAACUGGGACUCAAACACAACCCGGAGCCUCUGUUCCACAGUGUGUUGAGCUUCCGAGGCAAUGCUGGUCAGACGUGUCAGAAGCAGCGGUGGGCUAAGAGAGCCGUCCGCAGCAUCCGCAAACACACCAGGUUCCCAGAGACGUGUGGAGAUGACGCACGGCCACAGACCAGCACCCCCCUCUCCAAGGUACCUCCUGUAAAGAGUAGAAAGGGUUUACAAUGUCUAUAAGACUGGCACAGAGCAAGGAGUGUCCCUUUGGAAGGAGGUCCUGACUUGAUUGCUUGGAAUGGGCUUCUGUUUGGUGCUGACUCAUCUGUCAGCGUUUCUUUGUUUAGAAGAACCAUCGAUCUGCAACAUGAAAAUCCUCUUGAUUAGUUUACCAAAUUAAAGUCACUAAAAGGAACUUUUAACUGAUUAUAAAAGAGUCAUUUUAAUACUGAUUGCUCUAUAUGGGUCUUGUGAAUGGGCGUGGUGUAAUGGCUCGCUAGCGCCCCCUAUUUAUUAACCCCACAGUGUGUUUCACCUCAAUCUAUGGAAUUUGGUAGGUAUAUGUAGCAUAUGGAGAUGUACAAAUAAGUCCCUUGGAGGUAUAGCAUCGGAUUUUUUUAUUUUAGCACAUGAAAACUUCAGGAGAUGUAAAGCAGUGUCUAACCUUUAACAUAUUCAAGCACGAAAACAAAAAGUUGACACAUCUUUGCACAUUAAGAUGUAGGGACAAAAUAUCCCUUAAUAUGCAUUUUGGACCAAAGGUAUUGAAAAUUGUGGAUAACCUUGCUUGUUAGCUUUCCGAAGAACAGAGACCCACACUGAUAUGUUUCUUGUUGAAGAAGAUAUGCGUGUCUUCAGGACGUCUCCUGAAUGGUCGGUCCUUCUGGUCAAUCCAACCACGUUCUAACACUCACUCAUGUAGAUUAACAGGUAGGAAAACAAUUGUUAAAAAGGUCACAAAGUGAUUGAUUUCUGACGGAACGACCGAAUUGUCUAACUAGACUAGGGGUUCUUAACCUUUUUGACCUCGGGGCCCAACUUUUCAAGUACAAAGUGUCCGGGGCCCAUUCAA